AUGGGCUUGCUGCUUCAUUGUGUUGUCGUCGUCCACCAUCUCCGGCCGCUGCAUCUCCUCUAUCUGUCGGCGGCUGGCUGCGCCUCCUCCAUCGUCGCCGACGACUGCAAGAUGAAUUCUAUUAUAGAUAUGAUCGACAAUGAGAAUUUUUCUAUAAUUUCUCAAGCUGCUGUUGUGACUAAUUUGAUGAAUAUAGACAAUGAUGUUGAGUUAAAUGAAAUAUUGGAAGAUGGAAUUGGAGAUGAAGAUGAUGAUGAAACAUCUUUUGACAAUAAUGUUGAAUUACCCCUAACUUUUACUAAUAUGGAAGGAACAAAUUUGACUAUUGAUGAAAAUUGGAUUAUGACACAAUCAACGAGUAAGAAUGAUUUUACGCGAGAGUUGGGAAAAGAUUCUUUCAAGGAUAAAGAGGAACUUGUUAGAGCAAUCAAGAUCCAUAGCAUUAGGACACAUAGACAAUUUGAGGUCAUUAAGUCACGCCCAACUAUUUGGACUCUAAGAUGCAAGUUGUACUUACAAUCAGGUUGCAAAUGGAAGCUUCAUGCAAGUAAACGUAAACGUAGUGGUUAUUUUGAAAUCACAGCGUAUACCGGUCCACACACUUGUUUACACUAUAAUCUUUCUCAAGACCAUCCGAACCUAGAUGCAAGCUUGAUUGCUAUGGAAACUAGACACCUUAUAAAAGAGCAACCUUCUAUCAGUAUUCCGGCUUUGAGAGCUGAAAUAGUUGAAAAUUUGGGCUAUACUCCUUCAUAUAAGAAGGUUUGGGUUGGAAAGCAAAAAGCAAUUAAACAUGUGUUUGGAAACUGGGAAGAGUCUUAUGUCGCUUUACCAAAAUAUCUAGGUGCACUUCAAAAGUUCAAUCCAGGAACUAUAGUUGAAUGGUGUGUUUCAAGAUCGAACGAUGUGGAUGAAGUUGAAUUUAGGCGUGUUUUUUGGGCUUUUGCUCCCUCUAUCAAAGGGUUUCACUAUUGUCGACCGGUGAUUAGUAUUGAUGGCACACACUUGUAUGGUAAAUACAAGGGUAAGAUGCUAAUUGCAAUGGGAGUUGAUGGCAAUAAUCAAAUUUUGCCACUUGCAUUUGCUAUUGUAGAAAAUGAAUCUUAUGAUACUUGGGAUUGGUUCCUUUCUCAUGUCAAGAAUCAUGUGGUGAAAGACCGUGAAGGCAUAUGCCUAAUAUCUGAUCGUCAUGGUGGAAUUCUUAAGGCUGUCAAUGAGCAUGGAUCUCCAUGGUUAGAGCCACGUGGUUUUCAUAGGUAUUGUUUACGACAUUUCAUCAACAACUUUUAUGACAAGUUUCGUAAUUCAUAAUUGAAAGCUUUAGCUUACCGUGCCGGGAGUCAGAAUCAAAUUCGAAAGUUCAACUCCAUCAUGGAAGAAAUUGGGAAGUUAAAUCCACGUGCUCGACAAUGGUUGGAGAGUCAUCCACUUA